AGGUUAAUAAUCGAGAAUUACACUUUUUAUCUGUUCUAGGAAUUCAUCCACUGUGUUUGGUGCACUCAGUGCCUGAGUGGAGCUCGGGAACAGCAAGUCCGAGAAAACCAAGCAGGCUUUAGACCUGGCCGUGGAUGUAUCGACCAAAUAUUCACACUGCGCCAGGUCCUGGAGCAUAGGCAUGCUUACAGACGCCCGACAACAGCUGUAUUUCUCGACGUGAAGGCGGCAUUUGACUCCGUUGAUCGAGAAGUCUUAUGGCAAUGUCUGUCACUGAAAGGCGUGCCUAGUAAGUACAUCACCUUAUUGAAAGCUCUCUACUCGAACACUUGUGGACAUGUUAAAGCCUAUGGUGAGUUGUCCAGGGAGCUAUACUCAUCAAGUGGUGUCCGUCAAGGAUGCCCAUUAUCUCCAUUCUGAUUUAAUUUUAUCACAGAUAUUCUUAUGGAGGUUUCCCUCUCGUCACCUAAUUACACAAACGUUGACCCAAUCACAGGUGAAUUUUCUUUAGAUCUAGAAUAUGCAGAAGACAUAGUACUGUUAGGUGAAGACGCUGACAAGAUGCAGAGUCUUCUGAACACUUUGAGUGGGAAUUUGAGAAUGUUUGGGAUGCGAUUUUCACCACCCAAAUGCAAAUUUUUGCUCCAGGACUGGUCUUCAACGGUACCGCGGCUAACAAUAGAGAGUGAAGUGGUUGAGUGUGUUGACCACUUCACUUACCUGGGAAGUAGGAUCAACCCUGGUGGGUUAGUUGCCGAUGAAAUCUCUGCACGGAUACAAAAGGCUCGAUUGGCUUUUGCCAAUUUUCGCCACCUAUGGUGCCGCCGUGAUAUCCGUUUGUCUAUUAAGGGUCGCGUGUACUGCACAGCAGUCCGCUCUGUUCUACUGUAUGGCUGUGAAACAUGGCCAUUGGAGGUGGAAGAUAUAAAAAGGCUUCAGGUGUUUGACCACCGUCGCCUUCGUAGUAUAGGACGUAUUCCGUGGUGUCACCACGUGAGUAAUGCAGAAGUCAGGUGUAGAGUUUUAGGGAGAAGAGGUAAGUCAGUUGACGAGGUUGUGAACCUUCAUCGACUGAGAUGGUUGGGACACGUACUACGUAUGCCUAGUCACCGAUUGCCUCGUCACACAAUGUUGGCUGAGGUGGGUCCAGGCUGGAAAAAGGCCCGAGGUGGCCAGACUAAAACAUGGCACCAAUGUAUGAAGUCUCUGACUGUUGGUUUAAGCCAUUUAGGACGAUGCAGACUAGGUGGUUGGGGUCCACAGGACAAGAGGAACCAGUGGUUGGAGACCCUAGGUGAUAUGGCUCAGAACCGAAGUCAGUGGCGCAGAUGUUUACACACAUUAUCCUCAUCUUAACAACGCUAUACCGAAUCUCACCAUUUUGUCACUCCUCUUUCCUUUCUUCUCGUACUUCAUAUUUCUUUUGACUGCAUUCACUUAUCUUCAUCCUUCACCUCACUACCUUUCUACUUGAUGAACUGACGUGAGGUGUGGCAACUCGAACCGUUACGCAGUAAUGCCUGGUCCUAUGUUGAUAAUGAUGAUGGUGCACUCAGUUAUCAUGUACAAUGAAGAUAAAAAGUGACUAAUUUAGGUUUUGGAGAUAAUUUUGCCUCACGAUGAUUACUGAGAUGUUCAAUCAGAAUACCGAAUAAAUAUUACCAAAUCCAGUUCUAUUGCUAAAGGUCGUUUCAUAUGUUGUGACGUAAUUUCUUCAGGUAUAUGUGUGAGCAGUAUCUCUGAUAAUUUUUCCAGUUUGCAUUUAGAAAAAAGUGAGCUUUUCCAAACUACCUGCUAAGUCAGUGGUAAAAAUGGGAUUAAGUAACCGCUUCAAUUUCUCAGUGAUCAUUUUCUUUGGCGGGAUCUAUAACCAAGCUGAGAAUAUUGCUUUAUCUCACUUAACAUUCUCAAACAUUUAUCGAAUCGUGUAUACCUAAAUCCGAUGUUUGAUCUUUGGUGCCAUCAAAGCGCACAUAAAAACGAUUAUGACCCUUCUCUUAAACUGAGACAUACGUUCAGUGAAAACAGUAUUAUACUUGGCGUGAAUUACAAUUGUGAUAGAUUCACUUUUUUGUUUGACAAAAGCAUUCAAAUGCAUAUGUUCUGAUAGCCUACCGAAUUGUCAUAACGUUUCUCACUAGGGUCACUUAUAUGCCUCUCUUAUGAUGUUGGCUGUGGCUAGCAGUAGAAUACGCGUUUCGUCUUGGUUCAGACUCGUGCCAACACCCUAUAUAUAUAUAUAUAU